AUGUUGCUUGCAGCUCUGGGGCUAAUCUCUACGUUCCUACUUGCCUUCCGUCUAUUGUUCUCCGGCCCGAAGCAGGUCUUCAGCUCGAAGCCAGUGUCCAGGUCAACGGAAGCACGACCAGACAUGGCCAAUGUGACCCUCGACUUAGAAGAUCCAUCACCGCCUGAGCCCUUCAUAGGUUUAUGCGGGGAUAGUCUCAACGAUGACAGCUACUGGCUGGACUUCGGGGUCGGGUCUGAGAUCAGCGUGUUAGGGUUCCCUUUCAGGGCAGAAAAUAUCUGCUGCGGGGGGUCUCGAAGGUGGAGAUCGACUUCCUCGGGCUGGGCAGCUACUGGUGGCGUCUGGGUGUUACAUUGUACGCGGGCAAAAGCCGCUCGGAAAGGGGCUUCCAGAAACCACAUUGCAGCUACGAUGGAGGAACGGUGCCAGGUGAUUGAGAAACUUGGCGGUGUAUUCUAUGCCAACCCUAGGGACUGUCUUCAUCUCGAUUUACCAUGA